AUGGCGGACGAAGACACGUACUUUACUGUCUUUGAAGGGCACGCUGAGUUCACUGCGACUCAAGAUGCCCUUCUGGCGGUCGACCUGUUCAAGGAACCUACGAUGGAGGAGGACAGAGAGGAAUACCAACUGUUCAAGAAACUUGAAAUGACCUUCUAUGGAUAUCAUGAACAAUCCUACCUCCUGGAUCCAUACCUGGAACAACUCGUCGUUCCAGUAGUUAAGCGCCUGAGAGACCAUAUCAAAUCUUGCGUGCUCAACCCAGAACUUAAACCAUCUUCAAGUCGCGUCGAGUUCCUCUGCAAACUUCUCUACAAAUACACCAACUUCCGAGGCUACAAGACCAUCGGUCAAAAGGCUGAGAGGGUUUGUUUGACAGUCAGGUUCUUCCCUCACGAGGUCUCAGACUUGUCUGUAGUUCUCGACUACAUCCGUAUACGGGCUGACUUUGUCGACCUACCGAAUCAGUGGGCACUUCGCUAUGUUGUUCUGCUCUGGCUGUCCAUCGUCUGCAUGAUCCCUUUUGACCUCUCCCAGCUGGACGAGCCCGGGAGCAUCGGCAAGGUUGCGGACACCGUAGAAGACUUGGGCAAGAAAUACCUGGACAGGGCAGGCCUGGAGAAGGAAGGUGCGGCACUGUUGUUGUCCAGGUUGUACAUGCGAAAGGACACUGCGUCGCGGUUCCCUGCAUUUGUGAAAUGGUCAACCGAAGUAUUCCAGAAGCAAAAUGAAGGAUUUAUAAUGAUUGGGAUCCUGCAAGUCAUUGCUGAAGUCGCGAAGUCCGGACCGCUGGCCCUGGUUAGAAAUGAACAAGAGGCGAUAUUGCAUCUUAUUUCCAAGAUUGAGGGGAUCGAUUCACUCAAGAGGAAUACGCUGCCGCUGGUAGGCGGAAGUAUGGUGAGGCCGGUUUACGGUAUAUCCGGUUACGUUGCUCAUUCCCGCCUUGUAGGGAAGACCCUUGAAGGCGGCGUUCUCGAGUAUCAGCAUGCGCAGUUAGACGAGGCUGACGUUCCUGAAGUGGUCGAAGUCAUUCUCGAGCAGCUCUUUGAAGCCGUUCAGGAUAAGGAUACCAUCGUCCGGUGGUCUGCCUCCAAAGGGAUUGCACGGAUUGCUGAAAGUCUUCCGACGGAUUUCGCCACCCAGAUCCUGGAAACACUCUUCGGACUUUUCUCCAUCCAUUCGGUAGCAGCGGCAACAACAUACGACAUGCCUUCUGUAGCAGAGGCAACUUGGCAUGGCGCAUGUCUAGCCUGUGCAGAGAUGGCUCGAAGGAACAUCAUACCAGCGUCGCAUAUGCCCCAGUUAGUUGACUGGCUUUCAAAGGCGCUGUAUUUCGACAUCCGAAAGGGUGCUCAUUCCAUAGGAUCGAACGUCCGUGACGCAGCUGCAUACGUACUGUGGGCUUUGGCGCGCACACAGGAUAUACCAACGCUCAAACCUCAUGCCAAUGUUUUGGCGACCCACCUCGCCUCGGUCGCGAUCUAUGAUCGGGAGGUGCACAUACGGCGCGCUGCCAGUGCUGCUUACCAGGAGCAUGUGGGAAGGACGAGUCUCUUCCCGCAUGGAAUCGACGUGUUGAGCAAGACGGAUUUUUAUUCUGUGAGCAUACGAAAGCAUUCAUUUAUCCUUGCGGCACCACAAGUUGCUAGGCAUGAGGAAUACCGCUCGCCCCUUUUGCAUCAUGUCCUGAAUGUGGUUUUGCGACAUUGGGAUGUGUCGAUGAGGGAACUUGGAGCCCAGUCCCUACGCCAGCUAUGCCUCAUUAAUCUCAAGGAGAUGGCUCGUGAAGCCAUUCCGAAGAUCAUCCCUCUCAUUCAAUCGCUCGAUCCGACAGAAGUUCAUGGAGGUUUGCUGGCCCUCACGGAGCUUGGUCUCGCAUACCGUGAAUCGAUCGAAGGCAAGGAUGUACGAGAUAGUUCGCUUCAGAAGUUCCUCACCUAUCUCGACCAAGUACCAGAAAGCUUGAUCGCCGCUCCCAGAAAUCACCUGGUCACACAGGCGGCCUGUCGACUUGUGGCGACGACAUUAACUAAAGCACAAGCAGAGGCAGCUGAGAACUUAGACGCGAAGAAUGCACCAUAUUGGAGGAAAGUCAUUGAUAUUGGAAUCCGACAUCGUGUGGAGAAUGUCCAAGACGCGGCAGCCGAGGCUGUCGUGAUAAAGGAUUUGGGCAAAGGGUCACCCACUGCUUUGCAGAGUCUGGCGAAGAUCCUAAGUGCAAUGGAUUAUGUUAAUAACAAGGAUGUAUUUCCCAAGGCGGUAGCCUGCGUGUUGGAAGGUGUGAAGCCAUCGCCUCGAACGACCAUUGAAACUCGGCGAGCGUGGUACCUUGCUAUCCCUUCUAUCUGCAGCAGUAUGCUUCCAAACCUGAUCGAACUACUUCCCGCGGAAACAAUGGCGACGUUUAUGGAGCAAUUCUUGAUCGGUCUGGACGACUACACGAUAGACGAGCGUGGAGACGUUGGAUCUUGGAUUCGAAUAGCCUCGGUACAAGGGCUUACGUCUGUCUCCGAGCUCGUGAUCAAGAAUGGCGGCACAGUCCCUCAACCGGAAUCCUAUCUCUCACCGCCCCUGUAUCUCACCGUCGUCGCUUCUAUUCUCAAGCAGGGCGUCGAAAGAUUAGAUAACGUCCGCCAAGAAGUUGGAAAGAGUAUUGCUAGAUUGUUACAGGUGUCGAACACUAGUGAUAGGCUGAACCUUCCCGAACUCCAGCUGUUAAGGGAUCUAUUCUCGCCCGACUCGGAAGACAGGGAUUGGGCAGAUGCUGCGUGGCUCUUUCCUCGUGCUAUCAAGCUCCUUGAUCUGCCUGUCUACAGGCAAGGUGUCCUUGACGGAGCUGUUAACAGUAUUGGGAGUAAAACGGACAGCACUCAAAAAGAGAUGUCUAAAGCGCUGGCGAACUAUACGAAGAAUCUCCCGCUUGUAGCAGAUGGCGGCGGCUAUGAUCUCGUGUCUCUUCUCGAUGAUUUGUUGGGCCGUGUCUUUGCCAACUCGGGGUCGAACAAGAUAGUUCUGCCCAUAUUCCAAACCUUCAACGUUCUUUUGGACGAAGAGUGUCUGGAACCUCUUAGUGAGGAUGAACGAGGGCGGAAGAGGUUGCAAUCUUUGGUGACACUGACGACCAAGCACGCUGGGAAGUGGAAGAGUGUUCAGAGGAUCCACGAGGCUAUGAAGAUCUUUGUGAAACUCAUGGUCUUCCCCUCCAUCCAAGCAAACAAUAUCCACUUGAUAGGGGAGUUCCUUGCACAUCCCUUCCCAAAGACUCGGUACGAGACCGCGGAGUACUUCUACCUGCAGGUUGAGAGCGCAGAUUAUGGGAUCGACGACACCGGCGAGAUCGAAGCUAGCUUGCUGGAAACCAGGUGGACCACUAUUUCUCAAGAAGAGGCUAAAGAGGCUGCUGAGAAGAUUGCAUCAGUAUUCAAAGAGAACCAUGUAAAUUAGGGUAGUACCUGAAUAGAGGCUGGAACC